AUGGAGCACCACGAUAGCGAUUCCCCUGCCUCGAGCGAGUCACCGGCGCCGCAUUUUCCCAUCGGCGGGAGUACGCCGAUGUCCACUGCGAUGUCUCAAAUGCCGGGGAUGAUGCCCCAAUCUCAAAUGCCACCUGGUAUGAUGCCCCAGUACUCCAACAUGUACCCGCAGUGGUAUGGGAUGAUGCCUCAGAUGCCCGAGCGCCACCUCCACUCCACCGUCUUACCCGAUGAACGCAUUCUCAACGUUAUCGUUACCCCCGGGUUGUUCGAUUCCACCGUCGAAUCAAAUACCAUGGCCAAGGAGAUUGCACACUGUAUCACUCUGGCCAAAGAUGGAAUCCACGCCGUUCUGCUCAUUCUCUCACUGAGAAGCCUCUUUUCUCAAGAGGAGGCCUCUGCUUUUGAGUGCCUCUGCCAAAUAUUUGGCCCGAAGAAAUUGACAUUGGAUGAUUUCUUGGCAAAUAAUCAAUUGAAGAAUACUCGUGUGGGAAUCGAACUAUUGUGUUUGAUAAUUGGACAGAAGAUGAAGACAAGAUCAGUAGGCAGAGGGAGGAGCUUCUCUCUCUUGUAGAGACUGUUUUAGAGGAAAAUGGAGGCAUUCCAUACACUGAUGAACUCUUUCAGCAAAUCUAGGUUGAGUGAAGUGAUUUAGAAUGGUAUUUUUCAGGCAUUCCGUCGCUGGACAUUUUGUUUUGAAGCCUUGUUGGUCAAUAACUGUACAUAAGAAUACUAAACUGUAUAUUUAUUGCAAAGUGUUAAUAAAUGAUAUUAGAAACUGUAAAUUUAUAAA